CGAGACAGGCGACGGGCUAACCUGCUCGCUGCUUGCUAUCGUACAUGAAGGAUGCAUUUUCUACAGUUUUCUCCAUAAUUCAACAAGUCCUGUCUACUUUCAAAUCUACACAGUCUGCUUCCACUCUGCAAAGACCUACCUACACUGAGCAGACCUUCCAUCAGCUGGUCCACCUCCACCAAUUUCUUCAAGCCAACCCAUCGUAAAACAAAGCAUAAUCCGUAGCCUGAUACUCGCUUCCCAGCUCCACAAUGGAUUCCUCCUCCUGCGAGUGCAUCAAAGGCACCAUCCACAAAGGCCUCCCCCAAGGCACCGAAGAAACCCUCCACGGCCUAAACACCUACAUCAUCGGCAACCGCACCAACCCACGCGCCAUCAUCGUCCUAUACUCCGACAUCUUCGGCCUGCCGCUCCCCAACAACAAGCUCAUCGCCGACGCCUACGCCAAGAGCGGCGAGUACCUCGUCUACCUGCCCGACUUCUUCAAAGGCGACCCCGUCCCGCUCAAGAUCGCCGACAUCCUGAUCCCCGUCGACGAGUCCAAGCAGUCCAAGCUGGGCAAGUACACGGGCUUCCUCGCGCGGGCGCCCGCGUUCGUUAUGUGGAUGACGCGCCACAAGGAGGCGCCGACGAAUAAGAUCUGCAUGGAUUUCCUGCAGGCGCUGCGGCGCGCGACGCCGCGGAGCACGAAGAUUGGGAUGGUGGGGUUUUGCUGGGGCGGGAAGUAUGCGAUUCGCGCGGGGCUGGAGGGGAAUAGGAUUCAGAUGGAUGGGGAGAAGGUGCCGCUGGUAGAUGCGGUGGUCGCGUUGCAUCCGAGCCAUGUGGCGCUGCCGGAGGAUGUUGAGAAGUUGGUUGUGCCGGUUACGAUUGGCUGGGGCUUGGAGGAUACGGGCGUCAAGAUUGAGCAGAAGGGGAUGGCGGAGGCGAUUCAUGCGAAGGCGAGGGAGGCGGGGAGGGAGGUGCCCGAGGUGCAGCAUAAGGUGUAUAAGCCCGGACGCCAUGGUUUUGCGGUCAGAGGCAAUCCGGACGAUCCGCUGGAGAGGGCGUGCUUGGAAGAUUCGGUGACGCAGGCUUUGGAUUGGUUUGCCCGAUGGCUUUAAGAUGUGUUCGCGGGGACUUUGGACUUCCAGAGGGAGUUGAGUAGGUAGCGGUGGAGGAACUGAUGGGAUCUGGUCGCUUUAUGAUUUUGUUCUGGUCCUUAGAUAUAUUGCUCUCUAAUUUAAUUUGUAGUAGAUAAGCAUUUUUCUUAGUUCUAGAAAGGCAUAACCUCACUUCGAGCAGCCUGAGAAGCAUGAGGUCAGCGCCACAAACCACAAAUUUUGCCCUCGCAAUAGCUCAAUGAAAAAGAGAAGGCUCCU